UUUUUUUUAUGUUUACUUUCCACGACGAUCGACGAUAAUACCACCUCUUCCGCGUAUAAACGUUGACAUGGCGUUUGCAAACGACGAUAAUAAACGUCCUUCUGUGGCCGUGGACAAAAUAUGACAAUAACUUUACAUGGAAACGAAGUGGUGCGAGUGCGAAAAAUGACGCGCCUAAUUCAAUUAAAACGAUAGGUCGGUGGGUAUAGGUUACUAUAUAAUUCACGGGAGUACGCGAGCCGUGUUAUAUUAUAAUCAUAUCGUUAUUGUAGUGUCGAACAAAAGGAGAGAAAAAUCAAAGCGUUAAUUCGUUUAAUCGUUUGUUAACUGAACGGGGGGAAAAAAAAAAAAUAUUGGGUUAAGGUGGGCAUAUUAUUGUUAUUAUCAUUUUAUUAUUAAUAUCGGGUCGUGAUAAGAAAUACAAAUGCAGUUAGCACACCAUACGGUAAAUAAUAAUAACAACAAUUGCAUUCGCGCGCGUACGUACACUGAGCUGCGCUUGCGCCAACGUCCGAAUAUUACGCGUAAGUGCUUUGUGCGCGGCAGUAGAUUUUUUUCCCCCUCCGUCCGACCGGCGACUCGACUGUACGGCCUGAGUGCUUGGCCGUAGCCAUGAUUUACUAUAGUAUUGAACUGUAUUAUAUUGAUAACAAUUUUUUAUUGUAAAGUUUCGUACAAUAUAAUAUGGCCAUUUCCCCCAGUUUUUUCGUUUCAAUUUCAUUUACCUUUUCAUUGACCUAGUUUUUUUAUUUAUCGGAUUAUUAAUUCCAUUGGUACUAUAAACGCUGUUGGAUGAUAAAAAGAACGGUACGUAAAUUGUUCUUUCCUUUCAGGAUUUUUGUACCGUCGUGUCGUGAUACCGUCUUGGAACCCGAAAAGAAACUCCCACACUGUUCUGACGGUCCGCGCUCUGCAUCCGUUUUUUAAUGUUAUGCAGCCUUGCCAUAUUCCUGCGUGAUCCAGAUUCACUAUGAUUACCCAUGUUAGUUUAUUAUAUUCUUGAUAUUUUUAAAUUAUAUACUGGGGAGUCAGCAUGUCCGGCCAAUACGGAUACAUACAAAUAUUUUUAGGUGUAGGAAUAAAUCGCAUUUUUAAUAAAUGAGAUAAUAAUUGCCUACCCAUAUAUUGCUAAGAGUUUAUUGAAUAUGAUAUAAUACGCAGUACAUGAACGACCUUGAUUGGUUGAGCGAUUUGAAAACUAUAGCUAACUAUGAUAACAUUUUGCAAAUCUCGGUCGUAGUAUUUGUUUAUCAUUUAAUCGUAUUAUAAUGAUUCCGAAAUUGCUCCGAAUUAAUUUGCCCCUGACCCCAAAAGCUUGGGACGGCUAUGACAAUAAUAAUAAUAUAUUGCGUACUAUGUGCCAGCAAAAUACUCUGAGACUUUAAUGGCGUUACUAUUUACGCGUAAUACACAAUGUUAUGUAAGUACAGAUGAUUUUUUCAGUCAUGCUCAUCCCAUUUGUAUGGUUCAAUUCUGCCAGUAGCGAAUUUUCAACAUUUUUUUGAGAAGAGUCCUGAAAAAUCAUAAGCAAUUUAAAAGGUAUAUUUAUUAAUAGAUGACUUUUUUUUUUGGACAUUUUAUUGAAACUUAUUGUCUGGUAGAGGGUGGAGGUGUCCAGACACUCUGAACUCCAUCUGUAAAUUCGUUACUGAAUUCUGCAUACCUAUAUUCAAAUUCUGGUUUUGGAAUUUUUAAGUGUAAUUAAAUAUUUAAAUUUUUCACAGUACUUGUUUUAGAGGUACCGCAAUGAGACGAUAGAAACUUCAGUUUUUCCUAUGAGAACCAACAUGUUUUAAUGCAAAUUAUGAAUCAAAUAAUCUUUUUGAAAAUAUUAAGGUAUUUCUAUUGAAAUUUGAAAAAAAAGUUUCUGAGUUAAUCUACUUUAAAUACGAAUAGUAUAUAGUUUUAAAUACAUUGAAAUAGUUAAGAGUUUGGUAAUUAUAAUUAGAUAUGCAAUAUUACAAAAUGCUCAUUGCCUUUUUAUCUUAUUGUUGUAGGGCAAAAUUAUUGUCAAUGACCUUUAUAAAAAACAUGUUUUUUUUUUUUAUUUCUUUAAAUUAAAAAUUGUUAAUUUUAUUUUUCAGAGUCCAAUAUCAUAAACAUGCCGUUAAUAAUUAUAAAAUAGAAUUUAAUAGUUAAUUGACAGUUGUUUUGGUAAAAAAUAAAUAUCUAUAAUAAAUAAUGAAUCAAUUUAAUAAUACAUAGCUAAUAUAUAUAGAAUAUAAUCUAAAAGCAAUGAUAAAUCAUUGCAAUCAAAAAAUGAUUUUAAGUGAAGCUCUCUGUUAUCUGGUAAGAUGUUGGUUGUAUUCUAAUCUCAUGUAGUAAAAAGAACUCAAAACUUAACAAAAGAAAUUCAUCAACAUUUGUCAUCAAUUAUUUUAAAAAUCUAUUGGUUAACUUAAUAAAUGUUUCCAAUAAAGAUGUACGUUUUGUAAUGUACAAUAUUUAACAUUUAGAGAAAUUGUAUUUUUCAAUUUUCUCACAGACAAUAGUCACACAAAAAAUAUAAGUGAAACAAUAAAAGGUUAUUAUUUGCAUAAGCGUCACUACGAUUACCUAUAUCAUGUCAAGAUUCUUAAAUUGGAAAUUUAAUGUAAGUACCAAAUUACAGUUAUAAACAAUAACUAAAAAACUUAAUAAUGAAUAAUAAUAUUGUUCUUAGGGUUCUCUAUAUUCUAAGCAUAAGUAUAUGCUUGUAGAUUUGUACAAUUAAGUCUCUUCAAUCAAUAGUUGUUAUAUUACCAUCAAGUAAUUCUUUAAAAUUAUUAUACAACUGAUCUGUUGGUCAAUUUGUUAAGUAUUUAUUAUAUAUUUUUACAAAGUUUAUUCAAUAUAUUAAUUAAAUCACUCAUAGACAGUUUAUAUCUAAAGGAGCAAUAUCUAAAAGUGUUGGCCGCCUCUAAAAAUAUGCUAGUAACUGCUCCUUUUCUUCCUCUCAUUAAUGGUGUGAUGAACUGACAUACCAGCAUGAGAGUUGAUUAUUAAUAAAUUUAAAUGUUGAAAAAUAGCCACAAAUUCGUUGAGAGUAACCAGUGAUUAUUUUCCCUCAAAAUUGUAAUCGGUUAUAAAAUUAAAUUCGUUUAGUUUUACUGGUUACAAAUCGGUCAUAAAAUUUUGUGACCAUCUCGGAUAGACAGUGACUUUCCAUCAUCCCCUUCAGAAUUAUUAUUUCUCCUCUUUAAACCAUCGAUACGUCGUCUGUUAUUAUUAUUAUCGUAUCCAUUUUAGUUGUUAGCAUUGAGUAAUAUAGAGUUGCUGUAUCGUAUCUCGGCAGUACAACUGUUGUGAAGACCAAUGUUAGGCCAUUCACUCUUAAAUCAUAAAUUUACAAUAUACAACAAAUACCUUGAACCUUAAUAUGUGUAUUGUUAUUUGUAAAAGACAAAAUUAAAUAAUAGUUUUGUUCUUUGUCAUCUUGUCACAAUGGAAGUAAACCUCUUUCGUUACAAUUAAAAAUCGAACGGCAUCACUAUAUUACUCAGUGGUUGUUAAGUUAUCUGUUAUACAAAAUUAUUCUCUUAUUAUUUUGCAUUAAUAGGAGGGGAACGAGGGAGUAAACUAUACUAAUAGUUAAACGAAUGUCUAUAAAUUUUAACCGUACAUCUCACUAUGGUUUAUUAUCAAUUUAUGACCGGUGAUGAAUUUGUGAUAGGUACACAAUUGUGGAAGUACACUGUGGUAUACGGUCGUGACCAUGUUCACGGUUUAUCGAUAACUGUGCUAGGGUAUUCAUUGCAAAUGAAUGUUGGUAGUUCUGUAAUAAUUGUUUUGUUUGCUUCUAACAAAUAAAUUUAUCAUCUACAUUGGUAAUUCACCUAAUGUGAUUCUAACACUAGUCGCAAAUUAUACUAUUGACGGAAAUAUAUUUUUAACGUAAUUGCAACAAAAUCUUUAGUGCUAAAAAUUGUUUAAUUUUCUCAAAUCGUGUUUUUGUUUACUUUGUAUUUUAUUUUUCAGAAUUCAGUUGUUCAACACCGCAGUAAAUUUUACAUCUGACUAUUCAAUUGAAUUACAUAUAUUUUUGGUUAGUAUCGUCUUAUUUUACUCAAUCUAGAUUUUUAAUAAUAUUAUGAUCAUUUUCUUUCAUUAUGCUUGAAGUUCUUUUUUGAUCAGAGAAACUGUUAUUAUAGAACAAUUCACUAUUCAUGCAACAUUCUUCAAACAUCUAUAUCAAUUUAAUUAAUGAUUAUUUAAUUUUACAGGUAGUUCUCUACAAAAAUGAGUUUAAAACAGUAUGUAUUUCAACCUUUCAAAUUUCAAACUAUACAUUCAAGUAAUGAAGUAUUCACAUUACCAAUAGGUAUCACUGAUGGUAUAGUGUGUACUGAUAACUAUUUGAUUACUUAUGAAGGUUCUAGCGCUCUAAAAAGUGUAAGAAAACUUUUAUUCAAAUUUAAUUGUUUCAAAUUUUAUUUACUACAAUUUGAAAAAUAAUAGAGGAAAUUGAUUUUACUGAGCAUCACUUUAUUUAUUUAUAAUAUUCUUUCUUUCGAUAAUUAUAUUUAAUAUUAAUGUUGAAUUUUGUUUAUUAGAGUGUUAAUAUUUGGAAGUUUUUCUUUGAUUCAUCUAAAUGGAGGAGGGUAAGAUGCAAAGGUGUUCCACAGGAAUUAUCGUCUUUUUCUGUUUUACUGUCUGGUAGUUUGAUUAUAUUAUAUGGUAUUCCACAUGCUCCAGUCAGUAACAACCGCGUGUACUGUGGUAAACUUUUUGGAAAUAAAUUUAAAUAUUGUAAUAAACUUAAUUAAAAUUAUAAUUUAUAAUUCCAGGGAAUUUGGAUCAUGAAAAUAAACCAGUGGAAAUGGCCAUGAAAGAGAUAGAAAUAUGUGGUUCUCUUCCAGAGCCUAGAAAGGAAUGUGCUCAAGGUGUUGUGCUGGAUGGUAAGAAUAUAUUUGUAGUUGGCGGUGCACCGGGUAAUGAAACUGAAUUGGACGUGUUUCAACUGGAUCUGGUCAAUAAAAGCUGGAUUCAACUCUAUAGCGCAUAUGAGGAAAGCGAUCUAGUAAGAGAUUCUCACCAAAUAGUAUUUUACAACGACAGAUUAUUCAUGUUCAAUAGCAGGCCAUCUACCAAUGAUGUUCCUUACAAUUUUUCGGUUAGUAUAAAAUGUUGAUUGUAUUUUUAAAUUCCGUAUCUAUAAUAAACCUAUGUUUUAUUCAAAUUAAAAUAUUAAUAACAGGAGGGUGUUAACCAGUCAGAAUAUGGUCUGUUUGAAGGUUAUUAGUUCGAAUAUAAACUGACUAAAUGGUCAUGUUAGAAAUGUUUUGUGUACGAAAGAGAAAGAUUGAGUGUUUUAAAUAUAAAAAUAUUGAAAUAAAUGUAUUUUUAUCAUUCAUAAAAAUGAAAAGUUAAACAUUAGAUACUUAUUUACAAAUUUAAAUUUAAGUAUUAUGAUCCUAAGAUAACAGAGACGGGUGCAGCCACUGUUAUAGGUAAUUAAAUGUAUACCUUGUAAGCAAUGUUAAACCCAUUACUUACCAAAAAAACGAUUCUGGGUUAAGUUCAGUUGGUAGUAAUGCUUUGUCAACAAUAUAUAUACCAUAUUAAGUAAAAUAAUUAAUUAGGCUCUAUAUGUUUUCUUUAAUAAUAUUUGUUUAAUGUUUUACCGAUUUUCCCAGUUUUCCUACAUUUUUCCAUGUUUUAUCCUGGUUUUUCACAUUUGCUGGGAAUUCUUGCGAAAAUUAAAAAAAUGACCUCUCUAGUAAACUUUAAAUACCUUUCUUGUGAAUUUUCCCAUUAGAAAUAUUGCUAUCAUUAAAAGUUGGAGCAAAAUUGUUGGUAGAAAAUUUGUUCACAUGAAAGAAAAGGCAAUAAUAUUUUUAGCUAAUACAUCUAUGUUUCUUACCUUUUCUUAUUUAUUUUUUUGGUUUUUACAUUUGUUGAGAAAACUCCAGAAAAAAUUGAAUAGCAACCUAUCUUAAAGUAACUCCUCAGUGAAUUUUCCUUUAAAAAAAAUUGCUAUUACUUUAUGUUGAAAUGAAAUUGGUAGUAGAAAAUUUGUCCUCAGAAAAUAAAAAUCAUAUAUUAUACAAAUAUAUUUUGUAUGUUUUCCUGGUUUUUUUUUUUUUAAUUUUACGCAUUUGAAAACUAUAAAUCUGAUAUGAAUUUAUUUUACAUUCAAAUUUUUAGAAUAAUAUAUUUAUAUAUUACUAUUUUGAAAAUUUUAAAAGUGGAAGCAUAAAAAAUUAUUUUUAUCAGUGAUUAGGAGAGUAAAAUAAAAUAUCAAAAUUUUCGUUACAUCAUAUGUAUCCCCCCAUCAUAUAAAUCACAAUUAAUAUUGGUAAAGUUAUAUUAGCUUAAGGAUAACACUACAGGAUAGAUAUCCUGUAUUAUAUUAUUAUAUAAUUGGUUGAUGCAUAUUUUUACUAAGAUACAUAUUUGAAAAAUGCAUAAUUUCGAUGUUAAAACUCUUGAGAAAAUUGAAAAAUGACCUCUUUAGGAUACCUCCCUACACUGAUUUCCUAUCAGAAAAGGUGUUGCAUGUAAGAAUCGGAGCAAGGCCUCUGAUAGAAAAGUUGUCCACAAAUAAAAAAUAAACAUGUUUGUAAAACCAUAAGCUUCUUCGCUCCACUCAGAAUCUAAAUUCUAAAUCUAAUUAAAUAUUUUAUCAUUCAUAAAUAAAGUCAUAUAUUACAGAUAUUAAUUAUGAAGGAUUGAAUGUAAAUAUUUUAAUUUAUCCUAAUUUUUGUUUAAAACAAUACUGCAUGAAUUUCAAUCUUGAAUUCAAUGUUUAUUUUUUUAUGUUUUUCUUUGGUUAUCUACAAAUUAGCAUUUAUAUCAUCACUAAUAUUAUAUUAUAUUAUCACAAUUGUUUUAUGAAUUUAUGUUAACCUAAAAUCAAAAAUAAUUAGGAACCGCAUGCGUUUAAAUAAGUUAUCAAAUAUUUGUACCAGGAUGAGGCGAUAUUUUAUUUAUUUGUGUCAUGUAUUGCUGUAUUUGCCUUUUCAGGUUAAUCUUGGAUUAAUUGUUCUGACACUGUCUACCUUUCUGGAGAGUGGUCAGUUGUAAUUGUCUCUUCUGGGAUUUCCUCUCAAACACAUUUCUAUUUUUUCUAUAAAAUAUUUUAACAGUUUUUUUUCCUCAUUAGUGUCUCCAAAAAGUGGUUUUAAAAUUAUCCAAUUUUUUUUAUAUCUAACCAAGAGAUUAAAACAAAAUAAUCUAUAAUAAUGCAUAUUUUACUUUCUAUAAUAUUUUAUCUAUACAAUAUAACCUCAUGGUUCUCAACCGGUGUGUCGAAUAUUACUGUGGAGUGUGUCCUUAAAAUAUUAUUAGUUUAAAUUUAAAUAUUGAUUUUAAUAUAUUAUUGAGAAUUAUAUUAUAUUAUAUUAUUACCUCUAAAUCAUAAUUACAUUGUGAUUCAUAAUAUUUCAUCAUUAUCAUCAAAUAGUAAAACCACAGAUAACAAAACCAACUAUGAGGAAUUGUAUGCUUCCAUUGUAACAUAUAUUAUUUCGGCAUUAUGAUGAAAUAGUAAAAACCACAAAUAAGAAAAAUAAUUGUAAGCGUAACCUAUGUAAAUAAACAUGUCAUUGUCCUCAGUGCCACAGUGGUUUUGUGCGUGUUAUAUAAUUUUAGUGCGGUAUAUUUUCAUAUUUUUUUAGAAAUUUCAUAUUAAAGGAACUACAAUAAGUAUGGAUAAAUUUAUAAUUAAAAAAAUCUCAACUUCGGUUAAUACAAGCAUCGAUAGUUCUAUUAAUUCACCGUUACUGUCUUCAUCACAAACUUCUAAUUUUAGUAAUAAAAUACAAAUUAAUGACAAAACAACAUUAAAGCGUCCCAAGUAUAACAACGACUAUUUGAAUUUUGGAUUUACGUUUACUGGUGAUCAAAAUAAUCAAAUACCUCAAUGUAUUGUGUGUGGCGUAACUUUAUCAAACGAGUCAAUGGUACCAAAUAAAUUAUAAAGACAUUUAAAGCAAAACCAUCGUCAUAUUAGUAAAAAAAGUUCUGAAUAUUUUAUGCAUUUAAUGUCAUCACAAAAAAAAUUUGUUCAUGGGAAAUGUUUAAAAAUAUCUGAUAAAUCUCUUUUAUGUUCUUUUAAAAUCUCCGAGUUAAUAGCAAAGAAAAAAAAAACCACAACCAUUGGAGAAGAAUUGAUUUUACCAGCAAAAAUUGUUGAUAUUAUGUUUGGUAAAGUAACAACUAAACAAAUUUCAAACAUACCGUUGUCAAAUGAUACUGUUAGGAUAUUAACAAUGUCAGAAGAUAUUGUAAUAAAUGUAAAUGAUUUAUUACAAAAAGAUAAAGAGUUUGCAUUACAAUUUGAUAAAAGUACCAAUGUUUCUGGUAAAUCUCAACUCAUUUCUUUCAUACUAUUUGUCAAUGAAAUUAAAUAAUUGAACAAUUUUUAUUUUGCUGUGAAUUACAAACUACAACAACAGGAGUCGAUAUUGUAAUGCUGUUAAUUAUUUUUUUGAAGAAAAUAAUUUACUUUGGUCAAACUGCAUUUCAAUUUGCACAGAUGGUGCAGCGGCCAUGACUGGCCGAUUUAAAGGAUUUCUUAAUCUUGCAAAAAAUAAAAAUUAUAAUUUAAUUACAACUCACUUUAUACUUUGUGAAGUUCUGAUGGUAAAAAGUUUGGAUGAGGGAGAAUUAAGUGAUGUUCUCAAAACUGUAAUUGAAAUGAUAAAAUACAUAAAAAAAAACGACCAGUAAAAUGUAGAAUAUUCGAAGAACUAAGUAAAAAUAUCAGUACAGAACACACUUCUCUGUUGUUUCAUACUGAGAUACGAUGGCUUUCAAGAGAUAAAAUAUAAAAUCGUGUACUAGAACUUCAAGAUCAAUUACAAAUUUUUUUUGAAUCUGAAAACAUAAAUAAUUAUUUAAAUGAAAUUGAUGAUGAAAUGUGGUGUACUAAAUUAGCUUACCUUGCUGACAUUUUUCAAAAACUGAAUAUUUUAAAUUCGAGUAUGCAAGGUCGUAAAGAAACUAUAAUUUCUACUAGUGAUAAGAUGGAAAGUUUUUUAAAAAAAAAUUAAUUUAUGGUUAUCAUACAUAAAAAAAAGAUGAUUUUUCAUGCUUUUCUUUAGUCGAAGAAUUAAUAAUGUAUUUAAAAAUAGAUAAUCAAAAAAAAGAAUUGAAAAAUAUAAUAUGCGAACAUUUGUUGACACUUUCUCGAAAUUUAAAGAAUUAUUUUCCAUCACUUUCAACAACUGAUAUACAUUAGGGUAGUUUCAUUAUAUGGUCUGUGUAGAGAAGAAAAUAUUAAAAAUGCAACCCAACUUCUACAGAAAAAGAACAUUUGUUAGAAAUAUCAAAUACAACGUUAAAAUCUAAAUUUUAUAUGUCUGAAAAUGAUUCAUUUUGGAUUUUUCUGCAAAAUGAGAGAGCAAAACAGCAUUGGAAAUAACAAAAACAAAAAAAAGGUCUACGCUUUAAGAUAUUGAAAGUGAAUUACGCAUAAGUUUGUCAACCAUUCGCCCACGAAUCGAAGACUUAUGUUCAGUUCGCCAAUCACAGGUAUUGGACUAAUUUCCUUUAUUUUCCAAUACUUUUUUAUAAAUACUUUCUUCGAACUGUUUAAAUUUUAAUUAAUAUAUUUAAAUUUUUUGUUUUUUUUUUUUUUUUUAAUAAAAUGUUAACAUACAAAUGUAUUAGUAUACAAAGAUUUGUAAUUUUUACUUUUUCAAAAAUUCAUUCUUUUUAUUAAGUGUGUCACCAUUUUUAUGGAUCAAAAUUAGGGUGUCGUCAUACAAAAAAGGUUGAGAACCACUGCUAUAACCUAUGCAUACCAUACUAAUAGUAAAUUCCAUAGCUGGUAAAUUUCUGGCAAGUAAAAUAAAUUCAGUAUUAUUUGUAUAUUUUGCUGAAAGGUCAAGUUCUUGAAUUUUUCGAUAAAUAUUUUGAGAAAAGUGAAAAAAAAAUGUUGAAUAAAUUGCAAAUAGAAUCAGUGGAAUUUUUAGCUGCGUUUUCAAAAUCCAUCAUAUAUCCAUAUACAUUAUAUCAUAUCAUCCAAAUACAUUUAUAUUAUUUUUUGUAUAGUACUCAUUAUUUAAAGAAAACAUUUGCUUAUGUAAUUCUUGAUUUUUCCCCCAGUCCUUAAGGAAAAUACUAGAGAAAUAAAUAUUUCAUCUGUCUAAGCAUGUAAAACAUAAACUGAUAAAAAAGUUUUGAGAAAUAAUUUAAACGAUCCCAACUAGCAGUUGGAUUCUUGGAAAAUCUUACAAUUAUAAAUUGUUGUAAAUAGUAAAAUAUCUUUAGUUUUUUUUAUCAAAAUUGUGUCACACAGUGUAUUACAUAAUCAUAAAGGUUGAUUAAUUUUUUUUGAAAAAUUGUAGUUCUUUAUACUCUGAAAUAGGUUUUCUUUGUCAUAUAACAAUUAGUUUAAUUGAUUCUUUGUUUAUUGAACUAGAUACUUGAAGUGCCAAUUGCUGUUUGGUAAAUUUAAUAGAUUUUUUUUUUGAUUAGAAUUUAUGUGUGAUAAAUUUUAUAUUUUUUUAAUUUUCUUGACUUCAACAGAUACAGAUCAGGCCUGGCUCAUGACAAUGUUCAAGUAUUAAGCAGUGUUCUUCAAUUAUAUUUUCGGCAUCACUAGACUCAAUAGUUUUAAUUUUCGCUUCACGCCUAAGUUUGCACAUCCAAUAAAACACUUUUUAGAUUCUGAGUGGAGCAAAGAAGCUUAUAGUUCUUAGUAAUGUUUUUCUUUUUUUUUUCUGUGGACAACUUCUCUACCAGAAAUCUUGAUCUAAUUUUUAAGUGUAACACCUUUUCUAAAAGGAAAUUUUAUCUAAUUAGUGCAUUGAGGAAAAUGAUUUUUUUAAUUUUCCAAAGAGCUUUCUUAACAAUUGGGAAGAAUUGGCAAUAAUGGUAAAUAUUUACAAUAUUUACUGAUUUCAUUGUUUAAAUUUUUGAAAACUAUGUUUACUACCGGGAAUAUUGCUUUAAUCAAAAAAAAAAAAAACUUAAAAACCAUUUUUAGUUUGUUUGCUGUGGAAGUAAUUCAAUUUUUGAUUUUCCUAGUGAUUUUCAUAAAAUAAUUGGAAAAAACGAAAACGAACAAAGUUAUUGCACUAAAAAAAGCAUUAAAAAUAAUAUCCAAAAUUGUACUUAAAAGUUGCAUUAUUAUUAUUAUUAUUAUUGGUAUAAAAAUAUCUAAAAUAACACUUAAUAAUUAUAAAAAAUUAUUUUAUAUAUCAAACGAAUAUAAAAAUACUCUUAUGUUUUGGGGGGUAAUAAUAAUUGUGUACAUGCAAUGGAGUGCAUUGUGUUAAUAAGUAAUAUUUCUAUUAUCAUUCACAAAGCUUCAGAUAACCAUCUGUAACGGACCCAACAUAGGAAUAGGACUUGGAGGAAAAAUGUUUGAAAUAAAACAAACUUCAACUUGAGUUUAUAAAUAAUUAAUAUUUUCCACACAACAAACUACAAGUCCAAUAAAUAAAUUCACAAACAUCGAAACAUAUUUUAAGUCCAAUUUAAUUUCACACAGAAAUAUUACAAGUCCAAAAUAAUUCAUAAAACAGAGUGACGAAAAGUUGCUUUGACUCUGAUUCGAUGAUGUUUCGGAUGCAUUUUGUAUGCUCUGUGUAUGCUGCCCUGGAUUUUGGGUCAAAACCAAAAUUACAUAUGUAUUGUUAUUAUAUCAAUAUUAGUAUUAUAACAUGUUUAUAUUAUGUUAAGACCUAUAUUUCUGUGUUGUAUACUUAAUAAGCCUACUACAUCGAGUAGGUAUUGAGUUUCGUGUAUGGUAAGUACUACCACACAUCUCUUAAAGAAAGGGUAUUUGGGCACAUAACACAUCAAUUAUUAUAUUAUUCUGACACAUUUAUAUCUAAUAAGGCACCUGUUUUUUUUUAUUUCUUAUGUAAAAUAAUUAAAUUGAGCGAAUCAUAUUUAAAAGUAUCAAAAAUUGUAUUAUAAAUAAAAUUGCAAACAGUUUUGCUAAAAAUGUUUAGAUUUUAAUUUUUUCUUGCAUGAAACCGAUUUAAAACUUAGCAAUAAAUCUGGACAAUAAAAAAAAAAGUUGCUAAUGUAACCACUUCCAAGCCCUAAUAAUGAACAUUUUUUUUUGCAUAUCAGUAUAAUAAGGUAAACACUAUUACUUGAUUUCUUCAAUAAUUACUAGUAGAAGAUUUAAAAAAAAUAUGAUUUUAUUAUUUUUAAUUAUUGGUUAUUAAUUAUUUAAUUAUAUUUUUUAUGCAUAAAGUGUAUAGACUCUUAUUUUUCAAUGAUGUAUCAUCCCAGUAUUUCUAAUUACCUGACUUGAAUUAUUUUGAUAUUUAUAUUACUAUUGAUAAUCAUUUGUUCUCAGAAAAUACAUACAUUUGAUUUGAUGACAAAUGAAUGGGAAAUUUUUCCAGCCAAGCCGGAUUACAGUGCACCACUUGCAGGUUAUCCCAUUAAUCGAAAUGGCCAGAACUGUGUUCAAUGUCCGAAAAACAAAAAUUUUGUGUAUUUAUGUGGUGGUCACAAUAGUCAGAAAGCUUUAUAUGAUAUGUGGCUAUUGGAUUUAAACACUAUACAAUGGAAGUAUCUUCCAAAGUGUAUUAUGCCUGUAGCUAUAUUCAACUCUCAUUCAAUGGCUGUAUCCACUAAUGGGCGCCUAUGCUGUUAUGGAGGCAGAUUUGAUGGUGAUUCUGUUACUGAUGGUUUUACAAAUAACAUAACAACUGGUUGGAUGGUGAUACCCAAGUUAGAAGUUAUUUGUUGGGAAGCUGUAGUUUUUUAUUUCAAAGAUCAGAUGGUAGCAUCUACCAGAGAAGAACUAAAGGAACUUGGGUUACCUAUUAAAUGUUAUAAUCGUAUGGUUGAGGCUAAAUCCGCCGGUACUUUUUAUUCUCUCAGUAUCUAAUAAUAAUAUUGCUUCUAUUUAAUAGAACUAAAUAUUAUUAUUAUUCAAUUAAAUUUCAAAAUUAUUCCUGUAAACUUAAUUAGUUGACUGUCAUUUUUGUUUAUAACCCUUUGAUUAUAAUACAUUUUAUAUAAUAUUCUCUAUUACAUUUAAUAAAUAUUAGAAUAAUACAUAGUUAUAGCUUAAGAUUUAAAUUCCUUUACUUACAUAAUUUUAUUUUUUUUUUUAAUAUUCACUGACUAUUUUUUGUGUGUGUUAACAACAAUGAAAGGAUGAAAAAAUUUUUAAAAAUAAUCUUAUACAUUUUAGUUAUUCAAAAUGUUCUAAAAUAUAUUUAGUCUUGGUUUGAAACAUUUAAUUGAUAUUAUAUUAUUAUUAGAUCUUUUUAUAAUUAAUAAUCAUGUUUGGUUUUUUUCAUUUAAAUAUAUGUAACAGAUACAAUUUCCGUAAACUUAAUUAGUUGACUGUCAUUUUUGUUUAUAACCCUUUGAUUAUAACACAUUUUAUAUAA